GCAGCAGCGGCUUCCCUUGGCUUGGUCGGCCCUUCCUCCACCCUCUCGAACACCUGCGUCCGGAUCCGUUGACGGCGUCUUUAGCUUUGAAAUAUAAUGGUCUCGUAGACACAGGGUGGGCGGGCUACCCACCGACGGGCUACCCGCCUUCGUACCUCGGCUCCUCCCUACCCGCAUGCCCCUCUGGACACGCCCACACCGCCCACCACGCCCACAUGCCGCCCGCGUUGCCCUCAGCCACUCAGAGAGAGGCGAUCGAGACGGCGGCAGCCACGGCGAGCCACCACAGCUUGCUCUCCGAGACCCUGGGCGGCGACGCGAGCCUGGCGCUGGCGAAGGACCUCCUGCCCGCGGCGCCUCCGUGCUCCCGCCGUCCGUGUCCGUCGCCACGUCCCUCAGUAUGCUCGGGGGCGGCGUCAGCGUGCUGGGGGGGCGGCGCAUCGACGAUCGGGGGCGGCGCCAGCAUGCUGGGGGCGGUGUCAGCGUGCUUGGGGAGGAGCCGGCGCCGCCCCUCUCCACGCCCCCCCGCGAAGACCUCCUCCGCCCUUCGAGCUCGGCGACAGGCCUUCCCCAGGCCCUCCCUUCCCUCGGGGGCCUCAGCUCCCUGCCCGGCCACCCCCCGCGCCCCCCGACCCCGUGUGGCGCCCCUACUGACCCUGGAUCAGCCACGGGCGCCGAGGUCGUCCGGGGUCGCGCCCAUGACCCUGCGGCGGGCGGCCUUUAA